GCGGCGGCGUCGGAUUGGUCGGCGGAAGCGAGGCAGUCGGGGCGGGGCGGCGGCGGUCGAGGAAGAACCCGGAAGUGCCGAGAGGAGGCGGUGGCAGGCUCCGCUCGGAUGUGUGUGACCAUGCCGGGCCGCGGGCUGCCCCCGGAGGAGCGGCUGCGGCGGCUGAUCCAGGCGGGCAGCAGCGUGGAGGUGAACGAGGACAUCCCCCCGCGCCGCUACUACCGCUCGGGGGUGGAGAUGCUGCGCAUGGCGGCGGUGUACGCGGGGGAGGGCAACGCCGAGCACGCCUUCAUCCUCUACAACAAGUACAUCACGCUCUUCAUUGAGAAGCUGCCCCAGCACCGUGACUACAAAACCGCCGUCAUUCCCGAGAAGAGGGAGACGGUCAAAAAACUGAAGGAAGUAGCCUUUCCCAGAGCGGAAGAGCUCAAGGAGGAGCUGCUAAAGAGGUACGCCCAGGACUAUGCUAAGUACAAGGAGCAGGAGCAGCAGCUGGAGGAGGAGAAGAGCCGGGUGGCCCUGAUGAAGCAGCAGCAGGCAGAGCAGGAGCAGUUCCACGCCUUCGAAGAGAUGAUCCGGCGGCAGGAGCUGGAGAAGGAACGCCUGAGGAUAGUGCAGGAGUUUGGGAAGCCGGAGCCAGAGUCUCUGGAUGGACCCCUCAUCCCUGGAGUGGAAAAGCCCCCGACUGAUUUAACCCCAAAGGUUCCAGUGUCUUCAGUUCACCCAGCAAGUCCCUCAGCGGGGACCGUCCCACCCAGACCUCCCGUCGUGGACAGAUCUUUGAAGCCCAGUGCUUUGGGGAGCACAGAAACCAGUGCAGGAGUGGAUGUCCUUCGCCAGGUCAUUGUCCCCAGGGAGCUGUGCCACAAAUUCCUCCAGCUGGCUGAUGCCAACACGGUGCGGGGUGUGGAGACCUGUGGGAUCCUCUGUGGGAAGCUGAUGAGGAAUGAGUUCACCAUAACCCACGUGAUCGUGCCCAAGCAGCACGGGGGCCCCGACUACUGCAACACUGAGAACGAGGAGGAGCUGUUCCUGAUCCAGGACCAGCACGGCCUCGUCACCCUGGGCUGGAUCCAUACCCACCCCACACAGACAGCCUUCCUGUCCAGCGUGGACCUGCACACCCACUGCUCCUACCAGCUGAUGCUGCCGGAGUCCAUCGCCAUCGUGUGCUCUCCCAAGUACCAGGAGACGGGGUUUUUCCGGCUGACGGAGCACGGCCUGGAGGAGAUCUCGUCCUGCCGCCAGAAAGGGUUCCACCCACACCCCAAAGACCCCCCUCUCUUCACGACCUGCAGUCACGUGUCAGUGGUGGAGAGGGAUGUUGUCCUGCUGGAUCUCCGAUAAUCCUCCUGCCUUAUCCGCUCACAGGAACCUCCCGCCUUCCUCUCAGCCUUAGGGAUUGGUCCCUCCUGUAGCAGAUGAUUCCCACCGUGUAGAGAUCCCUCCCCUCCCUCCCUCAGUGCUGGUGGGAUUUCCAGUGGAAUCACAUCCCUGACCUCCUUGGGAGCACGUGGAUCCUCAGUGCCUGGAGCCUGCUGAGGUCCAAGGUGUGGGGAAAAGCCAGCUGGGAAUUCAGAGGCAGGAGCCAACACUAAAGCAGUUUUUAACACUCUAA